GUCUCGGCCGGCCCGGCCUCCGGAGUCCGGACACCAGUUGUCAUCCAUGCCGUCGCCAGCGAGCACGCCGAGCGCGCACCGUCGACGACAACAGCAGCAUCAGCAGCGCGUGACGACCACACCGCCGGACACCACAACCAGCGGUACAGCCGACAACACCUCAGCAGCCAACGCAGCCGCAUUGGCCGCAGCCAUGGCCAUCGCCAACGAAACCAACAUCGAUCUGAUCAUGAUCAACAAGAUCCGCCAGCAUCAGGUGUUGUACGACACGGACGAGAACCAGUACAAGUACAUCGACAAGAGGGACAAAGCGUGGAAGGAAGUGGCCGACGAACUCGGCAUGCCGGUCAAUGACGUGAAGCUUCGAUGGAAACGUUUGCGCGACAAUUUCCGAGUGUCCAUCAAACGGACCAAAGGACUGAAUCUCAAACCGGGUCUGCCGUUUGUCGAGGGCAAACCGUGGAAAUAUCAAAAAGAAAUGGAAUUUCUACUGCCCUUCAUGCAAAUCGGAGGGUAUUCAUUGAAAAAAAUGCUGAACCUGGAAAACCCUCAAGACUACCAGGGAAACUACGACGAUUGCAAGACGGAGGGAUCGUUCAGCCCGUACAACAACAUGUCAUACGAAUACGACGAGAUGCCCGAACCGCGGGUCGAAGUCAAAGAGAUGCCGGGCAAUUAUUCCAACGACGAAGCCGGCGUGGACGACGAACUGCUCUACCCGGACGUGGAGAUCCUGAGCAACGGCAAACACGAGCCGCUGCACAGAGUGGCCAAACGGGUGAAACGGUCGGCCGAAGCAGCCGCAGCCGCGGCGGCCAAGGAAGCCGAUUCGUCUGCCCAACACAAGCUCAACCAACACCACAUGAACCACUAUUACCAUAUCCAGCAUCAGCAACAGAGUCACACCAAAAUACACCCAGUCGACCUGUUCUUCUACAGUAUGGCCGAGACGACCAAAGCUCUACCUCAAGCGUUCCAGGCCGAGAUCAAACGCAGGGUACUGGAAAUCGUCAUCAAGGCCGAAGAGGAAAUGAACCAAAACGUUAAUUACGAUUGAUGGACAGUCGUCUUUUAAAAGUGUUUCGACAAACACUCCUACCACCCAAUCGUUCUCAAUUUUGUAUCAAAAUCUUAUUGCUGUGUUCAAACGAUUAUGUUAGGUAUUUUAUUUAAUACAAAUAGAUAGAUAAGUUUUCUUUA